UACAAAAAGUAAACACUUAAUUAAUCCAAUUUAAAUCAGUAUUUUGAUUGAGUGCCACCUGAUUGAAAUCAAGACCAAUCAAGAUUAAUAGUUUAACCAUAAGAUAAUAUUCAAUCUUUACAGAAAAUGUCGGAUCAACCAUCAUCAACCUUCAAACCGAUCAAAUAUAAUGAACCUUUGAUUCUUCGUAACAGCAAAGUGACUAAUUGGCCUUGCUAUCAGUGGAAAACAAAAGAUUGGCUUCGCAACUGUGCAGAUUUGCAGCUAAAUUUCAGGAUACAUGAUAAAGAUUCUCAGCAAAUUCCAUGGGAAAAUGAGGCUAUCACCAGAAUUGAUGCUACUCUCGAUCAAUUUCUCGAUUGGAGGAACAACAAAAUAACUCAACCCAACAAUUCGUUUGCCGAUUUUGAUCCUGCAAAUUUUUGGGCUUACAGCUCUUAUAAUCACUUAGCCAAACUCCCUUAUGAAUCAUCCAAAGCUUUGAUUGAAUCUAUCUCGUGGUCAUCAAUUGAUUUCGGGUCUCAUCUGGGAAAGGAUGGAUCAUCAAGUACUCUCUGGAUUGGUUCUACGGGAGCGGCUACUCCUUGCCAUUAUGAUACCUAUGGUUAUAAUAUUGUUACCCAAAUUGUCGGAAAAAAACUUUGGAUACUUUUCCCGCCCAGUGAUGCUGUUAAUUUAUACCCAACUCGUAUACCCUUUGAAGAAUCGAGUGUAUUUAGCGAGGUAAACCUCUGUCGUCCUGAUUUCAAUUUAUUUCCAAAAUUUCGAGAAGCUCAUCCUUACAGUGUGAUACUUGAACCCGGAGACGUGCUUUAUGUCCCACAUCAUUGGUGGCAUUAUGUCAAAUGUUAUGAUGAUCAGCCUGAUGGUCUAUGUAUUUCCAUUAAUCAAUGGCUACCAACUGACAACACCUUUGAUUCUUUGUGUGAAGGAGUAACGAGUCUUUUAAUCAAUACGCUCUUCCCAUUUUAUCAACCGGACGAUGAAAAUUGGCUUAACGACAGCACUGAUGACAGUUUGUUGAAUGAUCCUUCAAUGAUUAUCAGUUUAAUCGGAAAGCUAUCUUCAAAUCAAUCCAAUUUAUGUUCCAAGAUUGACCGCUGGAUUGAUUAUAUUCCUGAAAAUUGUGAGCCAGUGCAGGAAAUUGAUUAUAACCAAUUAAUGGCUAAAUAUUUUCCUGAUGUUGAUGUUAAAUCGAUACAUAAUAAACAAGAUUGUGAAAACAAAAUUGGACAACAAACAAUCGAGCAUCCAGCCAAAAGUAUCAUCAAAUGUUUCCUCAAACCAAAUGUAAUCGAGUUAAUUUCUAAAAACAUAUUAGACGAGAUCAGACGCGAUUAAAUUUUAACGUUUUCUAUGCACAAACAGUAUGUAUUUUCAAUUUAAACAGUUUUCUAGCAUUCAAACCUGUUCAACUUGUUUUGUUCUUUAGAUUCACCUUAAUUUCACCUGAAACCGCAAAAAUGACAAUUUUUUAAAAUAUACAUGUAUAUGUAACUUGAAAUCUGAUAUCGAAACUGUCAGUUCAUUGUUCUGGAAUUCUACCCACAAUUAGCAGAGUUUAAGUCAUUUUAAAUUGCUAUUGUUUUAUUUCAAAAUGAAGCAAAAAAUGAUUAGAUUUCUGUGAUUAUUUUCAGAUUUAACGAGCAACAUUAAAUGUUUAUCACGAAUAAAAGUUUUACAUUUCAGU